AUGAGCAACAGAAAUAAUAAUAGAAGCUACAGCAGUAGCAGUAACAGCAGCAAUAAUAACAGCAGCAGCAGCAGUAGCGAUAAUAACAGCAGCUACAGCAGUAGCAAUAAUAAUAGAAGCUACAGCAGUAGUAAUAGUAGCAGCAGCAAUAAUAACAGCAGCUACAGCAGUAGCAAUAAUAAUAGCAGUUGUAUCAACAACAGUGGUGAUAAAAGCAGCUGCAGCAGCAGUAGAAAAAUAAUAGCAGCUACAGCAACAGCAGCCAUAACAGCAGCUGCAGCAGCACUAGAAAAAGUAAUAGCAGCUAUAGCAGCAGCAAUAACAGCAUCUGCAGCAGAAUCAGCAAGCAAUAACAGCAUCUGCAGCAGUAGCAGCUGCAAUAACAGCAUCUGA